CCUCCUCCGGCUUCAGGAGAAAACUCCCACUUCUCUCUGAGCUCAGAUCGCUGGACUUUGAAAUAUUCCCAGACUCUCCUGGGAUUUGUGCGUUUAGACGGCACGCCGAUUGUUUGUCCCUUCAGAUCGAGUCGAAGGACAUUAGCAUCAUCAUGAGUAAAGAAGCCCGUCCGUCCUGGGACAGUCCCAUGCAGUUUGUCCUGGCGUGCGUGUCUUAUGCCGUGGGACUCGGGAACGUCUGGCGCUUUCCGUAUCUCUGCCAAAUGCAUGGAGGAGGUGGUUUUCUGAUCCCGUAUCUGCUGAUGUUGUUUCUGGAGGGGAUUCCUCUCUUCUGUAUGGAGCUGGCCAUCGGUCAGAAGAUGCGUCUGGGCAGCAUCGGCGCAUGGACGGCCAUCAGCCCGUAUCUGGGCGGACUGGGCAUUGCCAGCGUUGUGACCUCCAUGUAUCUGUGUCUGUACUACAACGUCAUCAACGCCUGGAGCUUCUGGUAUCUCUUCCAUUCAUUUCAGUCGGUGCUGCCGUGGGCCGAGUGUCCCGUCAAUGCGAACCGCACCGGGUAUCUGGAGGAGUGCGAGGUGGCUUCGCCAACACAGUACUUCUUCUACCGCCAAACACUGAACAUCUCGUCGUCCAUCGAUGAGAACGGAGGACUUCACAUGGGUCAGGCGCUCUGUCUGCUGCUGGCCUGGAUCAUCGUCUACCUCUUCAUCGUCAGAGGCGUCAAAUCCACCGGCGUGGUGGUGUAUUUCACCGCUACGUUUCCGUACGUGGUUCUGAUCAUUUAUCUGAUCCGUGGAGUCACUCUACAUGGAGCCUGGAACGGAAUCAAGUACAUGUUCACUCCUAAACUGGAGCAGCUGGCGAAUCCUCAGACGUGGAUCAACGCAGCGACUCAGAUCUUCUUCUCUCUGGGUCUGGGCUUCGGUUCUCUGAUAGCCUUCUCCAGUUAUAAUCAUCAUAAUAAUGACUUUGAGAAGCAGGCGGUGGUGGUGUCUCUCAUCAACAGCGGCACGUCUGUGUUCGCCAGCAUCGUCACCUUCUCCAUCUACGGCUUCAAAGCCACCUUCAACUACGAGAGCUGUCUGGAAAGGACGAGGCUGCUGCUUCUCAACACGUUCGAUCUGUCGGAGGAGUCAGCGUCGGGGAACGUGUCGGCCUGGAUCCGUCAUCUGAACAUCACUGAGCCCGAGAGGUUUGCUGCCAUCGCCUCAAAGAUAGAGCUCUGCAGUCUGGAGGCCGAACUCGACACGGCGGUGGAGGGCACGGGUCUGGCGUUCAUCGUGUACAGCGAGGCCAUCAAGAACAUGCCUCUGUCUCAGCUGUGGUCAGUGCUGUACUUCAUCAUGCUGCUGCUCUUAGGGAUGGGGAGCAUGCUGGGAAACGUCACGGCCAUCAUCACUCCGCUGUCAGACAUCAAGCUCCUGUCACGCUUCCUCAGCGUCGAGACCAUCAACGGUCUGGUUUGUCUUCUCUGUCUGCUGCUGGGUUUCGGUUUCGCCAGCCGUUCAGGAAACUACUGGUUCACCAUCUUCAACGAAUACGCCGCCACGCUGUCGCUGCUCUUCAUCGUCUUCCUCGAGGUCAUCAGUGUGUGUUAUAUCUACGGCCUGAGACGGUUCGAGAAGGACAUCGAGGACAUGCUGGGUCAUCGGCCGAACUGGUACUGGAAGCUGAUGUGGGCCGUGGUCAGUCCUCUGCUCCUCUUCAGCCUCUUCAUCUUCUACAUCAUUAACUACAUCCAGGGAGGCACGCCGACGUACCAGGCCUGGGAUAAAGAUCUGGGCCGGUCAGUGCUGAAGGAGUAUCCGGUGUACGGUCAGGUGUUCAUUGCUCUGCUGCUGCUGUCUGCUCUCAGCUGUGUGCCGCUCGCUGCUCUUCAGUCCUUCUGCAGGAGAAGACCUCUCCGUCCACGUCGUCACGUCUGACGCAAACGGCUGCGUUCAUAUUAAUACAUUCUCAGUUUUUGGGUCUCUCUCUAUAUUUCCUGAUCAAAUAAUAUCAGAUUUUUCCUGUGAGCGUUUACGUAUGAUGCAUUAGAAUUCAUAUUCAAAGUUCAAAUGCAUUGUAAUAUUCAAUGCAUUAUUCUUCCUAUGUGUAUGAAUUAUGAUAAUGUAUUAUACGUGAGAUCGUGGAUGCGUUGUAAUGCAUAAAUCAUGCAUUGUAUUCUAUACAAUAGCUUUAUGUAAAGCGUUAACCUGCAAGAGUAAGUGUAUUUAUACGUCAUAUACAGCAGAUGAAUCUCUGAACUCUGAAGGGUACUGAGCGUGACUGACCGAGAAUGUAAAACCGUGUAAAUAACCUUUUACUGCGAAAUUAAUUUCGUAUUUUGUCAAAUUAAAUUCUUUUAUAUGUCUUUGAAAUGAUCAGCGACUGUGAUUUUUGACAGAAAUAUCAGUGAACUCGAUGUAGCACUUGUGUAUUUGAAAAUAUAAUA